GGAAGGAAGAGCAACCCGCUCCUGCGGCGAGAAUGGUUCUGCGGCAGAUCAUCUUGACAAUCAUCAUCUGCGGCGGGCUAAUGUUCUCCUGCCUCGACACCUCCAUCGUCUCGACCGCUCUCAUAUCCGUGUCGGUCGAGUUCGAGAACUACCAGGACACCCCCUGGACUGUUCUGAGCUAUCUCUUGGCGUACAUGAGCUUCGUCGUUGGCUUUUCCAAGCUGAGCGAUAUCUAUGGCCGGAAGAACAUCCUGGCUGUUUCAUGGCUGCUGUUUACGCUGGGCUCCGUGUGGUGCGGUAUUGCUCGGCAUAUGGGCAAGCUCAUUGCUGGCCGUGCAGUUCAAGGAUUGGGCGGCUCGGGGCUCUACAGUCUGGCGCAAGUAUGUCUUCUCGAGCAAGGACCCAGUCGACCAGAAGUUGCGGGCGGUCUCGUUGGCAUCACCCUUUCGAUAUCUUUCGUACUGGGCCCGCUGCUUGGAGGUGUCAUAUCGGAAUGGAACUGGAGGGGCAUCUUCUGGUUCAACAUCCCAUUCGGCGUUCUGGCCGUGUUGGGCAUCUAUGCGCUUUGGCCAGAAGACCGGCGCAACAGGCACAGCACAACGGCCACUGUCUCCAAGAUUGAUUUCCUCGGCAACGCCAUGCUCGCUGCGGCAUCGGUUCUCCUCGUCUUUGCCAUGCAGGAGGCCGGUUCUUUUGUGUGGAGCUGGUCCAGUCCCGUCAUCGUGUGGUCACUCGUCAUGUCAGGGACGUGUUGGGUCCUCCUCGGCGUGUGGGAGUACUGCCUCUCCCAUCUGUUCGCUCAGCAGAUCCAGCCUAUCUUCCCGAUGCAUCUUCUUAGAAACCGUGCUUACGCCCUAUGUCUCCUCGCCACUCUCCUGGGCGGAUUUUCAUAUAUCUCUCUUAUCAUCAAGAUCCCCGAGCGUCUACAGAUCAUCCACGGCGACAACGCGCUCUGGGCCGGUGUGCAUCUUCUUCCAAUGCUCGGCGCGUGUGCCUUUGGCUCUUUUCUGGGAGGUGCUGUCUCGAAACAGGCUAAUCUGACCAGCCAGACGCUAGUGGCCGGGAGCACGUUGCAGGUCUUGGGCUUAGCUUUGUUGUUCGGGUUCUCAACGAGCCUUGGACUGGAGCUCGAUCUUCUGUUGGUUUUCACCGCCAUCUACGGACUCGGAGUCGGGCUGUCGUUCGCCGCAUGCACCAUGAUGGCCGCCAUCGAAGCCCAUUCCGACGACCUCGCAGCCGCCCAAGGCGCAGUUGCACACGCCCGAGUUUUUGGCGGAGCGCUUGGUCUUGCCGUCUGUACCAUUGUGUUCAACGAGGAGCUGCAGACAUCGCUAGGCCCUGGGGCGGGAUCCCAACUCGGACAACAGGGGCUGGACCAGAUCCAUCGAAACCUGUUGACUGUGCUGAGUCUUCCCGAUGCGGCUCGCCUGGAAGUUAUUGGGGUAUAUCUGGACGCCUUCACGGACCAGGUGUUUAUCAUGGUCAUUGUCGCCGUUGUUGCUUUAUUUAGCAGUCUCGGGACUUACAGAUCCAGAGCCAGCAACCCUGUCGACGUCAUGCUACAACUGAAAGAAGGGGACCGGUCAGGGGCAAGAGGGGACUUGGAGCUGUCAAGCGUCAGCAGCACUCGGUCUUUGGUUCGGUAGAGGCAAUGCUUCGCGGAUGCUGUGUGUCCUUCGUCAGGCAUGGUAUUGGUCACUCAAUCAGGAGGCUGCUCCUGACAUCAGUCACCGAUGGAUCGGUGAUCCGCAACUGGCCCGGGAAUUCCAUCUGAAUUGAUUGGGCUCUGGCCUGCUCCUGUGGUUCUAGUUCAUUUUCUCAUUGGGCCUCUUGGUAGUUAUCGUCUUGUUGGGAUAUCUCUGCUGCCCUUCGUGCACCAUGAUCUGCGACGUUUUUGUGUUAUAGGAUAUCUGCAGCUAGAUCAAUGUC